AGCAACCCCUUCACGACGGGCGACGAUGACUGGGAGUAUCUAAUGCGGCAAGACGUGGUUGGAGUGUGAAGAGAAGGUUCUAGUAACUCACCAAGGCACCACCACGCGAAUUCCCACCACAAGACGCUCCGUCCGACCGGAGAAAGAGCAGCACAACCAAGCAGCACUUGCAAUUCACAAGCCAUCGAAGCGAACAAGACCAGGGCAUCAUGGACACGCCUGAACCAUCCUUGAAGGCACUGUUCAACCAAGCAAAGAAACAGCAAGAGGGUUUGGAUAGCCUCGACCCUCGAAGCGCAGCCUUCAAGCACGCACUCCAAUCCAUCAUCGACAACCUCGAACAAUGUCGCAGGUUGAUCCAAGACCUCUCUUUGUUCAGCACGAAUGAAGAAGUUGAAGACAUCUCUACGCAAGAUCUACAAUACCUGACGGUGGACUGUCUACUGGCAGAAGCCAAGAUCAGAGGGUACGGUGACAACAGGCAGUCAUCAUUGCAGGAUGCGGCGGGAUUAUUCGAACAGUUUUUGACCCGACUAGAUCAAUAUGGUCUACUAGGGGCAUCGGAUCGGGAACUCUACGAACGCUACCUCGAACAACGCAGUUCAUUCCGGAUAGUCUCCUCCAACAGCCCCGAGGAGAAACGUAGGAUUAAGAUUUCUCGCUUCCAGGAAGAAAAAUCUUUGAAGCAGAGACUCCAGUAUCUGAGAGACGAAUCGAACAAAUCAAAUGUCGACGACGAGACUAUUCGGAGCCUGUAUCUAGCCGAAAUCGCUUUCUUAGUCAACAAGGCGUUCUCCUCUCUGGACAUGAUAACACAGGAAUUGGAGAUUUUGUCUCAAAUGCGGCACGCUGAGCCAGCCAGGCAAGGGUCACCACCUUCAGACCAGAGAGUUCCGGGGAGACCAGAUUCUUAUUCGGAACGUUUAGAUGGUCCCGCCACAAUGGCAGGCCUGGGAAAGAGAGGAGGGCCUUUACUGAGCACAAGUGGAAAACCUCUCCAGCCAUUCACCAUAACAGACAAGAGGACCCAAUUGCGCCAGGGCGUAUUUAGGCCAGGCCACAACCUCCCAACAAUGAGCAUCGACGAGUACCUCGAGGAAGAGCGGCGGAGAGGUGGCAUUAUCGACGGUGGAGGAAACGCCAAUGCGCCUCAGCCCGAGCCCGAUGAGGAUAAUAUGGAGCAAGUUGACGCUGCCACGAUGAAGGCACGAGAGUGGGACGAAUUUGUUGAGGCCAAUCCGAAAGGAGCUGGAAACACGUUGAACCGGGGAUAAUUUGACUGGCUUCAAUGCUCCUAUUCGGUAUUUGCCGUAGACCGGAUUCUGGGGCCGGUAAAUCAUAGUUUCAAUUCCAGCUCUUCCAUGUGUCGCUCAUCACUCAAAGCAGAAGCAGUGGUGCGCAGCGAAUGAGCCCAGAUCUGUUCCUGAA